CAGCCGAUCAAUAUUCGACCCCACCCAUCAUCACCAAUAAACCCAACACAGUCUAAAUUCUUGCGACGCCUGACGACGCCUUACGCGGUUGAGUUUUGUAACUUUAGGAAAGGAUAAAAAGAAAAUUGUUAAUCGUCAUGUCCCAACCCACGUACGAAGACUUGGGUAAAGCCUGUAAAGAUUUCUUCAACAAGGGAUACCACCUCAACAUCUUCAAGCUCACUGCCAAAAAACCCAGGGCCUACUUAGACAUCGACACCACAAUUACGUGCACGCAUAAAUUCGAAGAUCAAACUUCUGUGUGCGAGUAUGAGAACAAGUACCAGUACCCACAAUGGGGAAUCACGACGUCCGCAAAAAUCGACACCACGAACCUUCUCUCAUGGAAGGUGGACAUUUGCGAUAAGAUUGCAAGGGGGUUAAAGUUAUCCGUGGAUGGUCAAUUCAACUUGGAUUCUGCUGCUAAACUUGCCAAAGUUAACGCUACGUACAAGGUGGACCAAGCAACUAUGGACUUGGGAUUUCAAGGAGGUGACGAGUCCAACCUUCUCGUGAAUGGAUCCGUGGUCGGUGGGUACAAGGGAUUUUUAGGUGGCUAUCAGUUCUCGGUCGAUACCAAUGAUCGCACAAUGAAGAAGAACAAUGUCGCCUUCGGCUAUUGUGGUAACGGUUGGAACAUUCACGCCAACAUGGACAACGCUGAGACCAUUUCGUCCAUUGUCCACUACCGAAUGAAGAACAAUAUGGAGGUCGCUUUGAAUGGGAGUUAUACUUCCGGUGACGAUUCCAAAACUCGGUACGGACUCGGGUUUAAGUAUUUGGCUAAUCCGUGCACCGCAUUCAAGGCGAAGAUUGACAACACAAAAACCGUCACUUUGGGUUGUGAAAUGAAGGUGACCGACGCCGCUUGUCUCACCCUGUGUGCCGAAUGUGAUGGUAGCAAUGCUGGAAAAGUCGGAUGUGCUCUGGAAUUUGGACAAUGACGAUUGAAUUGGCGUUCGUAAUAUGUAAUAGCGAUGGAAUUAUUUUUGUACAAGGUAGUUUGCAUGCUCGCUGUGGCGUUAUUUUGUAAAUCAAAAUUCAAAGUGGUACAACUAGACUAUAC